AUGUCAGCCUUUGAUUCCUCGGACGACGAUAUUGAUGAUGAUUUCAUCCCAGACUCUCUUCGCGACUUUGUCAAGAGCGCCGAUGCGGCGUUGAAAGAGGAUUUACAAGGGUUUAUGGACGAAUUGUCGCCUCGAAAUCCCGAAUUGGAAGUCAGCAACGUUGAGGAGACCGGGGAUAUCAUGCAAGACUUGCAAGCCAACAUGGAUAGGAUUGCCCUCAUCGACAAGAGAGACCCUCCAAAAGUCUCUAUCGCCACUGAUACGAGUGGCUACGAUUCAGAGGACUUUGCUUCCCCUUGUUACGGCCACAAUCCGUCCACGAAUCUCACGUACACGGAUCUCAAGCGAGUCGCAUUGGAGAAUACAUCCACACAAAACUCGGAAUUGUUGUAUGACGAGAAAGAAGAGAAAAAGACUACUCACUCCUUUGCCGGUAGUAAGAGCCCUGAUAUUGAAAUACAGUCGGCUAGGUCUAUCCAAGCCAAAAUUGAAGAAUUGGGUGUUGAAGAAUUGGGUGUUGAACAAAACAAGAAUGAGACCACUCUAACGGAUGCAGUUGGUGCAUUGGAGAUUCAGGACGAAACGCCCGCCGUCGCUACCAAUGAUGAAGAGGUUAGCAAACAGCAACCAGAAUCAGUCAUUUACGAAGCAGAAGUUCCUGUCAAGCCCGAUGUAGACAAGCAGGAAGCUGAAGCUACAAAUGAGGAGCCUCCUGAAGCCACACCACCAAAGGGUGCGAUGGGAUUUUUUUCAAGAAUGUUUACCCCUGGCUCGCAGCAGCAACCACAACAAUCGCCGCCAUCGCUACCACCACUAGUUCCAAGCCCAGAACCACGCCUGGAAGAAUACAAGGAAGAGGCGCAACCACCAAAUGUUGAAAGCACUGAGACUAUCCCGGAGGAGCCCAAGAUUGCGGAAGCCACCAAUGAUUCAAAAGUGGAAAUUUACGAGCCUUCCAAAACAGAGCAGGCUGACUCUCCUAUGGGAAUGGGAAUUGACAAACCUGGAAAUGGGAACGUCGACAUUUAUGGAGCGCCAGAGCCGACUGCGGGGAUCUCUCAAACAAGCAAUACUGGAAAAGUCGACACUGAUGCAGAUGUUGAAAUGAAACCUCCUGCUGUGUCGACCGGGAUCAAUCAACCAGGUAAUGGGAAAGUCGAAAUUUAUUCCGAAGCUCCAAUGUUCGUGCCCGAGAACACUGAUCGAGGAAAUGGAAAUGUUGAAACGGAAACUGCGAAUGGAAACGAGGAUCGGAGGAGUGCUACCGCCCGAGGGAUUUCGGCUCUGGCAGCAUCGUUCUCUGGCACCGGCCGAAUCCAACCAGUGGAUAAGAAGAAUGCCCCGGCUACUCCAUCGAGCGCAGUUCCUAACGCUGAGGAUGCAAUGGAUAUUGACCCGACCAGUCCAAUGACUACCGAAAUCAAUGCCCCCUCAGUCAAACUUCCUGCUGUUGAGAAGAAGGGAUUUUCUCAUCCCAAACCUAGCCCUGCACCCGCUCUUUCAUUCUCUGCCAGCAAAAUUUCCAGCCCACCUCGAUCGAUCCAAGUACCGACAACGGCAGUGAGAAACAUUACGUCAUCCACCACCGCCAAAGCAACGAUGGCAUCAGUUAGUCCAGCAACCAGGUCUAGGGCGGCUCCAACUAGUAGAAGUAGACUGAUGCAGCCGACAGCCGCUUCAAGGGGACAUGUAUCCAAAAUACCAACCCCGGGAAUGGGAAGCACUCCAUCGAGUGGAGUUGCGAGGGCAAGGGUUGCUAGCACGUUUUCGCCUUCCAAGAGCCAGAUGCGGUCUCCUUCCAAGCCAAUUGCAAGGGCUUCACCAGCGAGCACGACAUAUUCACAUGAGAGGCGAUUAUAUACGACACCUACGCAGGCUCGAAACAGGUUCAUGCAACCCACAGCAUCCCAAAUUGCCCACUCCUCCACCAAAUCAACUCCUCAAACCUCCAGUUCCAGAAAGAGGGAAGGGCCAAACGUCCCACAUGGGCCGAGUCGGCUCAUGAACAGCACUGCCGCCAGCAAAGCUCGCAAUAGCCCACCUUCUUCUACUAGGCUUCCACAAAAGAGGACUGUUACAGAAGAUGCUGUGGCUCGUGCAAGAGAGCGCGUGCGUCAGAGAAAGCAGCAGGAAGCAAGGCUGUUUGGAACAACGGGGGCGGAAUUCAGCGUUGGCGCGAAACCCAAGGAAAAACCCAAGCCUGUUCGGGAACGAAAAACAACAACAAUGGGUACCACCAAAACUUCGCCUCGUUUUGCCACUCCAACAUCAUCUGCCAAGGCUCAUCAGCGAAAACCAGCUACGCUUUCGAUGGCCCAAAGUGGAAACUUCUUUGGGAAGAAUCUUCGUUCAGACACCUCUCCCACUGCCGUGGCUUCCACGAAGAAGCAUGCAUUGACAGUGCCUGUGGCUCCCAAAUUUUCCACAACUGUGAGGCGUAAGCGUGCCGUUGAGGAGAGCGAUCGUAGGUCAUCCAUGACACUGGCCCAGAGUACAACACUCCUGGCCAGUUCUCUCCGCGGGAGUCGGGGUGUACCGAUACCACCUGUGAAGCGGACUACAGGACUUACCGUUCCUCAAGCGCCAAAGUUUCACACCACGCACAAACGGUCGCAACCAAAGAGCGCAACGGAAGUGGAGCAAGAAAAAAUGAAUGAGUUUCUCAACAAUCCCUUUAGGGCAAAGCCAAAGUCUGGUCCGGGUCUGCACACGGGAAGUAGUGCUGGUCUCUCCAAGGUGUCCAAGCGCUCGUUGACGAAACCAAUGCCCUUCAAGCUUAGUUCAUCAAAGAAAUCAAGUCCACCACGGCCUCUUUCCACCUCUAAUGUGAAUGCGUUCAGGAACACUCCCGAGAAGAAUGUGAAAGCGUUCAGGAACACUCCCGAGAAGAAAAGGACCGUCACCUCGCCUCAACCAUUCAGUUUUGCGGUUGAUAUGAAGUCCAAGACUAGGGGGCAAGGAAAACGUAAUAGCCCAGGGGGGUUCAAAGCACGGCCUUUACCCAAGACGACGUUUCGUGGCCCUGCCAUUCAGGUUCAUCAGCUGUCCUCGCCACCCUCUGCGAAGAAGCAGCAGCAAGGGCGUCCCUAUGCAUACAAUGGCUCACCGUCUCCGGCCUCUGCCGUGAGUAGCCCCAAUCAACCCAACACUCCGCGGGCUUUCAAGUUCGGAUCUGCGUAA